CCAACACAACACAAACAAACAGCAGACAACGAUGAGGCAACUGCCUUUGUUGCCAGCUUGUGGCUUGUUCGUCUUCCGACUAUCCUUGCUAUCAGGUCUAUCAGCACCACGACGUCCUGUUGUCCUUGUGACAGUCCUCCUCUUCUUCUUCUUCUUCUGUUGCGUGUCGUACCCGUGGGUUGCUGCGCAGCCGAUGUUUGUGCAGGAUGACGAUGGCGCGCUGCACAUCAACACCACAGGGCCACACCAACAACAGCGACCACCAGUGCUUGUGAAUGGCGUGGAUGUCACCGGCAUGCUGCAGGCUCAGCAACGCGCGUUGUCGGACCACCUCGGAGUCAUUGAAUCGCAUGCGGCCACGAUUCAGUCGCAGGGCCUCACCAUCGCACGAAUGUGCAAGGCAGCGUCGCUGCCUAUUGAUACAAGCACCAUGGCCGGCCUUGGGACCGUGGGAGGCAAGUGGCUUGGCGCCGUGCGGGCGAACAACGGCUUGGUGUACGGGAUCCCGCAUCAGGCAAACGCUGUCCUCAUCAUCGAUCCCAUUUCCAAAGCAGUGGACAUGACAACCAUGUUUGUUGGCGCAGGCGGUUACAAGUGGGUGGGUGGUGUCCUGGCCAACAACGGCCUGAUUUACACGUUUCCCAGCGCGUCGCCCGCCGUCCUCAUCAUCGAUCCAGCCAAGAACACGACGGACACCACCACUCUCGGAAAUGUGCGUUUCGGCGGCAACAAAUGGCAGGGCGGCGUACUUGCCACUAAUGGGUUCAUCUACGGCAUUCCACGCGACGACACAACCGUGCUCAUCAUUGACCCAAAGAAGAACACGGCCGACACGGCGAGCAUUCAGGGCCUCGGAGGGGCGUCCAAGUGGUUCGAUGCAGUGCAGCCUCCCAACGGGCUCAUCUACUCUGCGCCGACAGCCGCAACGAGUGUGCUCAUCAUCGACCCGGCAACAAACACUGCCGAUACCACGUCCAUCAGCGGUCUUGGACCGGGCAUGAAGUGGUAUGGCACUGUGCUCGCAGACAACGGCCUCAUCUACGGCAUUCCGUACGAUUCGCCGUCUGUCCUUGUGGUGGACCCAAGCACGAACACGGCUGACACGACGACCGUGAGCGGGCUCAAUUCAUCACCACCUCAACGGUUCAAGUGGGUUGGUGGCGUUGUUGCUGCCAAUGGUUUCAUCUACGGGUUGCCCAGUUACGCAUCAGCCGUCCUCGUCAUCGACCCGUACACAAACACGACAGACGUCAGCACGCUACCUGCAUCAGGCAACACCCCAAAAUGGUUUGGAGGUGCACGUGCCAGCAAUGACAUCAUCUUUGGUGUUCCUGACGCUGCAGACGUCAUCGCCAUCGUAACGCCCUCGUGUUAG